AUGAUACCAUGUUGCUUGUAUUCUUCAGUCGCACCGCCCACCAUAUCCAAAACCCUAGCAAGCCAUGAGUUACUGGCGACCCUCUCCUUUGAAGAUGUCCUUGCAUUCACUUCACGUGCGUCAGCUCUCAAGCGUGAUAUCAUGCUUCCGCAACUUCAGACGAUCUCAGGCAAUGUCCCACCUGACAUCCUGCCACCUUCAAUCUGUGAGUUCCUGCAACUGUCAACUGGCUUAACCAGGGAUACUGUUGCAGCAUGUUGGCAUGCAUUCAAGGAGAUUGUAUGGGGCAUGCCUAGCCGUAACGAGUUAGCUGCACAGCACGAGCGAGCAUUUCCUAUGGGUGGAACUCCACCUCAAGGCGUAUCUGCGCAGGCUUGCGCCAACAUUUAUGACAGUGCUUUGUCAAUGAGGGAUGAGAAUCAGCUCCAGGAUGCAGGCUGGCAGUUUGGGUUUAAGCUGAAGAACGAGCACAUCUGGGACACGUUCAUCAUACUCGCACUCACCGAGGACUGUGAUCGGUGUGGAGUGCUGCUUGAUGUACCGAACGAUGGUGCUCAAACACACCGAUUCCCUGCAGCUAUGCAAGCCCGUAACGAGCGCAUUGUCUAUGAAGGGCAGCCAGAACUACGACACUACUGCGACACCUGCAUGUGGACUUACUGGAAUGACGACGGUAGUGCACGGAAAGUGCAGGUCGUUGUUACAGAUGGCUUGUCCAUGGGCCGCCCAUGCUGUAAUGUGUUCCAAUGCCGCAACCCACUUUCCAAUAACCGGUCACGAUUCUGCUGGCAACAUCUCAAUGAAGGUCUCGACAACAUCUGUGCUGUCGUCGAUUGCGAUAUGCCUGUAUUACCGGGAUGGAAGGCAUGCACACUCCCAGCCCACCAGGAGAUGGAAUGCCUUCAUGGUGAGAAAAUGCGCACCAACUUCCAAGCCACAAAACGCCUCCAGAAGAUGCAUGCUGCACAACCAAAUGAUGCCAUGGUUGCACAGCAGUAG